AGUGGCAGCUGACACACGGAAAGAGAGAGAGGCAGAUGGAGAAAGUGAAAGAAUCCUGAGGAGAAACAACGCGAACAGAUACAAGAGGAGGAUAAAAAUAGAGAGAAAGACACCGGAGAGUGGAUGUUAGAGAGCGGGAGACAGCAGAGCGCGCGCGGGCGGGAGAAAGAUGGCCUCGGUCACGGCGGAGAAUGGCUUCAGCACCGCGAACAGCUCCGGUAACGGCAGAAUGAACGGACUCACGAUUCCCCUGAAAGACCACGACGCCAUCAAGCUGUUCAUCGGCCAAAUCCCGCGAAAUCUGGAGGAGAAAGACCUCAAGCCGCUUUUUGAGGAGUUCGGCAAGAUCUACGAGCUCACGGUGCUCAAGGACCGGUUCACCGGCAUGCAUAAAGGAUGUGCCUUUCUAACGUACUGUGCCAGAGAGUCAGCACUGAAGGCCCAGAGUGCUCUCCAUGAACAGAAGACGCUGCCUGGGAUGAACCGACCCAUCCAGGUGAAACCGGCCGACAGUGAAGGACGAGGAGAGGAGCGUAAGCUGUUUGUGGGGAUGCUGGGGAAACAGCAGUGCGAGGAGGACGUUCGGUGUCUGUUCGAGGCUUUCGGUCAGAUCGAGGAGUGCACCGUCCUGCGGGGGCCUGAUGGGGCCAGUAAGGGCUGUGCGUUUGUCAAGUUUUCCAGUCAUGCAGAAGCUCAGGCUGCGAUCAACAGUCUUCACGGAGGACAGACGAUGCCUGGAGCGUCGUCCAGUCUGGUGGUGAAGUUUGCAGACACCGAUAAGGAGCGAACGCUGCGGCGGAUGCAUCAGAUGGCGGGUCAGCUCGGCAUCUUCAGCCCAAUGAGCGUCCAGUUUGGAGCGUACGGCGCAUACACACAUGCUCAGAUGAUACAGCAGCAGCAGCAGCAAGCGGCGCUCAUGGCAGCGACGCAGAGCUCGUAUCUGAACCCCAUGGCUGCUCUCGCCGCCGCACAGAUGCAGCAGAUCGCAGCUUUUAACCUCAACGGCCUGCUGGCUGCGCCCAUGACCCCGUCUUCAGGCAGCAGCACUCCUCCAGGUAUCAGUGGCAGUGGUCUCUCCUCUAUGGGUGUGAACGGCUUCAGCGCUCUCGCUGCUCAGAGCAACGGCCAGCCGGCGUCUGAAACACUCUACACCAACGGCAUACACCCCUAUCCAGCACAGAGCCCGACAGUGGCAGAUCCUUUACAGCAGGCGUAUGCAGGUGUGCAGCACUAUGCAGCAGCCUAUCCUACUGCAUAUGCACCAAUCAGCCAAGCCUUUGCCCAGCAGCCGCCAAUCAUUCCCCAGCAGCAGAGGGAAGGACCGGAGGGCUGUAAUCUGUUCAUCUAUCACCUGCCGCAGGAGUUUGGGGAUGCGGAGCUCAUGCAGAUGUUUCUGCCCUUCGGGAACGUCAUCUCAGCCAAAGUGUUUGUGGACCGAGCCACCAAUCAGAGCAAGUGUUUCGGUAAGUUCUUCACUCCUUUAAACCAGUGACCAGUUUUCAGAUAAACGCACAGCUU